CCUAAUACGUUGCAUUCUUUUGUCCCUUCUCCUGUUUGUGAUGCUAGCAAUGGCCCCACAUAAAUUUCUUCUGCUCUCUCUCGUCUUGUUCUCCUUCAACCACUUCUUCUGUUUUAGCAAACUGGAUGAAGACCGCACCCUUGGCUACCUUGAUGAUAUUUCUUCUGAUGUCAUGAGUACGCACCCAUCAUACUACGGAGCAGUACAUGCAGAAAGAGAAACAAUUAAAUAUCGACCCAAUAGGUUUGUCCUGGAGAGAGUCGCUCGAGUUGCUAGCCUUAGGUCUUCACAAGAAGUGGUCAAUGUGGAGGGCUACGGUGCUAAAGGUGAUGGAACUGAUGAUACAGAGGCAUUUGAAGAGGCCUGGAAGAAAGCUUGCUCCUCUUCUACUUCAGCUGUCCUCAUGGUGCCUGAGAACAAGCGCUACCUACUUAAGCCAGUCACCUUCUCUGGCCCUUGUAAAUCCGAUGUUUCUCUGAUGAUCAAAGGAACAAUUGAAGCAUCUUCAGACCGAUCAGAUUGGAACGGAAAGAACGGCAGACACUGGAUCCUAUUCAGUGGCAUCGAAAAUCUUUACGUGGGAGGCGGUGGAACCAUUAACGGCAACGGGAAGAUAUGGUGGCAAAACUCUUGCAAAAUCGAUAAAUCACUACCUUGCAAGAAUGCCCCAACGGCCAUGACCUUUUACUCUUGUGACAAAUUGACGGUGGAGAACUUGAACAUAAAAGAUAGCCAACAGAUUCAUGUAUCAUUUGAGAGAAGCACCAAUGUGAAAGUUUCCAGCCUCACCAUCACCGCUCCGGAGAAGAGUCCAAAUACUGAUGGCAUUCACGUUACCAUGACCAAAAAUAUAGCGAUAACAAAUUGUGUCAUCGGGACUGGUGAUGACUGCAUAUCUAUCGAGAGUGGGUCUCAAAAUGUGAAGGCUACAAAUAUAGUCUGCGGACCAGGCCAUGGAAUCAGUAUUGGAAGCUUAGGAGAUCGCGGCUCGGAAGCCCAAGUCUCGAAUGUGAUUGUGGACACAGCGCAACUGAAAGGCACCACAAAUGGUGCCAGGAUCAAGACCUGGCAGGGAGGACGCGGCUAUGCAAAGGAUAUCAUAUUUCAAAAUUUGGUUAUGCAUGGAGUGCAGAAUCCUAUAAUUAUUGACCAAAGUUAUUGUGAUUCCCAAGAACCAUGCAAACAACAGGAUUCAGCAGUGGAAGUUAGCAAUGUUACGUACAAUAAUAUCAAGGGAACAAGUGCUUCGAAAGUUGCUAUCAAAUUUGAUUGCAGCACAACUGUCCCUUGCCAUGAUAUAGUCCUGCAAGAUGUCGAUCUAGUUGGAGAGGGGCAUGCUGCAACAAGCUUAUGUAACCAUGUAAAUUGGACCAAAGAAGGGAACGUGAUCCCGUUGCCUUGCGCCAAAUGAGGUCAUAAGGAGGAAAGCAUUUCCUGGCAUGAUUAUACGAUACCUAUCUCACUGGGGGUGUACCAUCCUCGACCUAUCCCAAGGAUUAUACAAUACCCAUUUAUAGUUCAUAGAAGAAAAUAAAUUGUUUCUUAUUCACAUAUUAUUGCCCAACCACUUUUGGGUGGGUCCUCUUCUCAUCAUGCCAAAGAGAAGAACUAGAGAAGACAUGUUUAUAGAUAGGAACAUAUGUAAUACAUUGCACUUAAAAUUAUACAGUUCUGUGGUUCAUGAUA